AUGGACAAUGAAGAAAGGGAAAGUCCUCAAGUGGCAUCAGACAGGAGUGAACUUCAGCUUUUCACUAAUGAGGACAGUGAGGUCCUGGACACCUUGGGAGAUGAUAAACAAGCCCAUCCUCCUGAUUUGGAGUGGUUGGAAGAGUUGUCUGAAGAGGAAAAUGCUGAUGAAGGUGAUGGUGACCUUCCGGCUGCAGCUGACAGUAGCGAGAAGAGGAUUCAUGCCAUAACAGCACGGAAGUUCAAGCUGAGAAGGAACCUGGACCAGCUGGACUCUUUGCACAAACAGAAAGAAAAUUGUGUGCUUAAAGCCAGAGAAGAACUUAAACUCUGUCAUAAGAACAUACACAGUUUGUUGGAGGAGAGGGAUGUUUUGGAGAGGCAGAUAGAACAACAGAAAGCAGAUAACAGCGUGGGGGUAUUUCGUUUGCGAGCCCAGCAUAAGCAUCUGUGUCAAAAGCUGCAGAGUGAUAUGGAGCUGGAGGGCAACAUCACCAGUGAGCUGAAGCAACAAGAAGUGGAGCUGGCAGAGGUUGAGGUGGAGCUUGGCAGGCUCUCCUUGCUCUGGGAGGAUUUGAAAGUGGAGGAGCAGGUCUUCCAGGUCAAUAAGGGCCAGAAGGCAGUAAAACGGUUGCACCAUGAGAGGAAAGCCAGCAAGAAUUUGCAGCUCAAGUCACAGCUUCUCAGGGAUAAGCAGGCAUUAAUGCUAGAGAAAGAGGGCACUGAAUGUCAGAAGAAAAUGGAGGAGGUCCAGGCAAGCCGCAAGAUAGCCGCAAAACACCUGAAGAAAACAAUUGAAAGGAUUCAUCAGCAGGAGGCUGAGAAGAAUCAACAGAUUAAGGAGAUAAUGGAGAAGAGAACACAGGCUGUCAUGUCAUUAAUGUCAAACAUAGCAGCCACCAAAGAAAGCUUGGAAGUCCAGCAAAGACGGGCUAAAGCAAAUGCACAGAGAAAGGAGCAUCAACAGAGACAGCUGACAAAAUCUCUGCAGUCUCAAGGCAUCAACAGUAUCAAGCAUAUGCACCAACAGAAACAACUAGAGGACCAAAAACGAAAACAAGAGGAAUUUGAAGAGAGAAAGAGGUCAAAGAGAGUGGAGAUUGUGGCAAAAAUACUUCAGGAGGAACAGCUGGUAAAGAGCAGAGAGAAGCAUACACCACUUCUGCGCAAACCCUCUACUACUGACGAGCUCUCAUCCCAGGGGAAGGCAAGAGAAAAGCUCCUGUUCCACUUGGAUGAUGGGUCCUCAUCUGCCAGGGAGGAGGAAGUCACAGUCCAGUUAAGAGAUUUCAGUGAUAACAGCAGCUCAUCAUCAGCAUCCUCUGACACCGAAGACCUAAAGGAAGACAUGCAACAGGCAGAGGAUUACCAAAGCCAUGCUGAGAGGAUGAAUGAACCAGAACUCCCAGGGCUGUGGGAAAAAAACUACAAGAAACUGCGGAAUGAAAGAACUACAUUGGAACAGACAGAGAUGAAGCCUGAAGAACCUGUUGUGUCCUGUCGAAUAUUCAACGUGCCUGAGAAACAACUCCAUGGAAAACAGUUCAAAGGGCCUCCAUUCAGCAGUAAACCUGACAUAAUCUACUUCAAGGACUUUGAAGUUGGGAGAAAGUACAAGAAGAAAAUCAUCCUGACAAAUGUCAGCUACAUGACUAACCACUGCAAGCUUCUUGGGGCCUCUGCCAAUCUGAAGGAUUUUAUCUCUAUCAACUUUGAUUCUCCUUUGGUGUUAUCUGCUGGUAUGUCCUGUGACUUCCAUGUGGUUUUUCUACCUAUGAUCAAUGCAGAUCUUGAAGGAGAGGUCCACUUUGCAUCAGCCAUGGGUCCCUUUUCUGUGUCUGUCAGAUGCACUACAAAAAAAUGUGACUUGGAAGUUGACAAGCAGUUUAUUGACUUUGGUCCACAUGUUGUGGGCCAGAAAAUUUCACGGAUUAUCACCUUGACCAACAAAGGUGCACUGGCCACGCUCUUCAGCCUGGAGACCUCACCAUGUCUCAUUUCAGAAUCUCACCAGGUCCAGAUGCUAUCCCAGACUUCAGCCAGCACAUGCCAGGAGACAAGCAGUCAAGACACAAAAUCUAACAGCCAGACAGGUUUUGCAUCCAUGGACACAGUGGAUCUUCAGCUACAACAGGACAGUCACAGGCUAUCUGACAAGUUACAGCAGGGACAUUCAGAUAGCCAAUGCUAAUCUACAGAUCCACAAGUUGCUGCUGAGGCUUGUGUGUCCAUCAGUGCUGGACAGAUGGACAAGAGCUACUCAGAUUUUGGUGACAUAAUCCUUGGGAAUGUUAGAGGAGGAGAACUCGGACCAUUCCAAAGCAUUAAACUGGAGGUUUUUUUCACUCCCACCAUUCCAGGAGAAGCCAAGCUUGACUUUCACAUCAAAUUCUCUGAUUUAAACACCAAACCAAUACCCAUUCAAGUAAGGGGUUUGGGAACCAGUGCUCCUGUAUGGGUGAUACAGCCCACCAUUGACUUGAAGAUCUGUAUGUUUGACCACAUCUAUCAAGACAGCAUCACCGUCCAAAGCAGAGCCAGCACAGCAUUAAAGCUGACCUUUGAGGUGUGCCCGGAAAUGAGAAAACACAUGGAGAUCCUACCAAAGACGUGCUUCAUCCAGGCUCAAUCAAGCUUUAAUGCCCUACUCAAAUUCCUACCAAGAUAUUCCUUGAAAGAAGACGCCAAGAAGUGUUAUGACACAGAUACGGGAGUCCUUGAGGUUCCAGUUACAGUGCAAGUUACAGGCCAGGUAAAGCCUGUCAAUUUCACCGUCCAGGCAAUUGUUACCUCAGCAGACAUCCAGUUUGACCGGACUGAGGUGGAUUUUGGAUUCUGUUCUAUUUUCCAGUCGGUUAGGAGCAGGAUUCACCUGACCAACCUCUCCCUGCUACCCCAGGACUUUGGCUUCUUUAAUGUUCCUGAGUUCAUUGAGGUCCAGCCUAAUGAUGGUUUUGGCACUCUACUCCCACAAGAGACCUUGGAGAUUUUUUUGAUUUUCAGUGCAAAAAAGGCCAGAAAAUACCGCUUUCAGCUCAGCUGCAAAUCCGGAACUAACAGAGAUUUCCUCUUGUCUUGCCAAGCAGUGGGCUUUUAUCCACCAUUGAGGCUCUCUCAUUCUCUGGUCCAAUUUGGGGCCACAGGUGUAGGUUGGCACUCAACUGCCAUACUCUACCUGAUUAACCAGUCAAAACAACCAGUCUCUCCUGUGGACAGUGAUGCCAUGGCUUCUGUAGAUUCCAAACUGUUCUCAUUUGUGCUACCAAAGGACUCAGACAUCAGCAUCACUCCUUUGGCAGGAAGACUUCUGCCUGGCCAGAAACAACAGGUACAGGUCACUUUCAGACCCAGACUGCAAGACCAGGAGAUCAAAGAUGAGGCACUGCAUCUCCUCCAGCAAGAAGGACUUCAAGAGGAUUUGGAGAAGCCUAGAGACACUGAAAAGCAAGUAAAAAAGGAUGACCAAUUGGAGAUCAGUAAGCGAAAGAAGAUCUCUGUGAUUCCAAAGAACAAGAUGUUGGACAGCCCAACAAUGGACCAACCUACUGAUUCACCAAACACUGCUGACUUAAGCCCAGGGUCAAACCUGUAUGAAAAGGCAAGGGUCUCCCUACUACACUCCUUCACCCAACGCUACAGAGAGUACACCAUCCCCUGCUAUGUGCUGGAUGGAGAGCCAUCAGAAAAAGAUUCUGAGGACAAGCCAACAUGGAGUCCCAUGAAUGCUGUUUACUUGAAGCUGCAGUGUCCUGCUGUACAACCCCAUCUGGUGGUUUUAUCCAACAAUGGCCAAAGCACUGUAGACUUCCACCAGGUGGCAAUUGGAGAAAAAAAGAUCCAGAGGAUUGUGGUUCAGAACAUUUCAAAAGAGUGUUUGGAUCUUACGUCAUCAGUACUGGACAUAAAUGGUCCUUUUUCACUCCUGAAUGCUCUACGGUGUAUAAGACCUGAAGAAAAACACACUUUGAUCUUGGCCUUCAGUCCAUCUCUGGAGAAAAGGUACUGUGAAACUUUGGAGGUGCGUAGCCACAAGAUGACUCUGGAAAUUACUCUGUGUGGAGAUGGUGUGGUGCCUGUUGUUACCACCAACCAACCAGAAGGUCUCAUUGACUUUGGAUAUGUGUUGAAGCAGGAGAGCACCUCAAAGGUCCUAAAGCUGCAGAACAGCUCUGUUGUGACAGUGAGUUUUAGGGUGCUGCUGGCCAGCUUCUCUCCCUUCAGGCCUCAGGAUGAAGCUGAUGGUGUGGCCCUUGAGCCUUGCAGUCAUAGAGACACUCAGGUCCAACCUAUAGUAGGUACCCAGAACUACAGGGGGCUACGUGUGUUCAGUGUGAUGCCACUAGAGGGUAGCAUUGCUCCAGGACAGAGCCAGGACAUCACUGUCACCUUUCAGCCUGACCAUCCAUUUUUUACCUAUUCAGAUAGACUGACAGUUGAGCUAAUGAACAAGUGUAAGGUAUGUGUGAGGGAUCUUAAGGGUGUAGCGUCUUCACAUAACAUGUAUCUUUAUGGAGAACAACUUCUCACAGUGCCUACUGAAGCCUUCUUGCCACCACUCAUAACAGGUCAACUGCAUCUUAAAGACUCAGAGUUGACAGAGAUCCCUGUGCUGGUGACUCUGCAAGCCAGAUACUGCACAGGUGCAAUAAUACCAGCAGUAAAGGAGCUGGAGGUGGGCUGCAUACGCUCCACACAGCCCAGUAAGAAGAAUGGUGAAUUUCACUGGGAUAACUUAACAUCCUUGCAGAAGCAGGGCUUCAGUGUGGAACCAAGCAAAGGCGCCGUGGAGGCAGGGCACAGAUGCACCAUCAAUGUUGCAUGGACUCCCUACAGUGGCUACAAGCCCUAUGAUGUGGUGCAGGCAUGUGCAUCUCUUUACUUGAAGGGGGAUGAAAUGACUGUUUACAAAGUCACCCUGAUGGCUUCUGCCUCCACCACUGCUGAUUGA